CCGGAGGAGACGCGGCGGCGGCGGGCGGAGGCCGCGGAGCCCCGGCACCCCCUGCCUUCCUCCCUCCUUCCCUCCUCCUUUUCCUCCUCCUGCCGGCCCCGCCAUGCGGAGGGAGAUGAACGGGGUCACUAAGAGCCGCUUUGAGAUGUUCUCAAACAAUGAUGAAGCUGCGAUCAACAAAAAACUUCCAAAAGAGCUGCUGCUUCGAAUUUUCUCUUUCCUGGAUGUGGUCACUCUGUGUCGUUGCGCUCAAGUUUCGCGGGCAUGGAAUGUUCUGGCCCUGGAUGGCAGUAACUGGCAGCGAAUUGACCUGUUUGAUUUCCAGAGGGAUAUUGAGGGCCGAGUAGUUGAGAAUAUCUCUAAAAGAUGUGGGGGUUUCUUGCGGAAAUUAAGCCUGCGUGGCUGUCUAGGGGUCGGAGACAAUGCGUUAAGGACAUUUGCACAGAACUGCAGAAAUAUUGAGGUAUUGAACCUAAAUGGCUGUACCAAGAUCACGGAUGCUACGUGUACCAGCCUCAGUAAGUUCUGCUCGAAACUCAGGCACCUUGAUUUGGCUUCCUGCACGUCCAUAACCAACCUGUCUCUGAAAGCACUGAGCGAGGGAUGCCCACUGCUGGAGCAGCUGAAUAUCUCCUGGUGCGACCAAGUGACUAAGGAUGGCAUCCAGGCGCUGGUGAGAGGCUGUGGGGGACUCAAAGCCCUGUUUCUGAAGGGCUGCACGCAGCUUGAGGAUGAAGCUCUGAAAUACAUCGGUGCACAUUGUCCCGAGCUGGUGACUUUAAACCUUCAGACAUGCUUACAAAUAACAGAUGAUGGUCUCAUUACAAUAUGCAGAGGAUGCCACAAGUUACAAUCCUUGUGUGCUUCAGGCUGCUCUAACAUUACAGAUGCCAUCCUGAACGCCCUGGGACAGAACUGCCCGCGGCUUAGAAUAUUAGAAGUUGCAAGGUGUUCUCAACUAACAGAUGUGGGCUUUACCACUCUAGCUAGGAACUGCCAUGAGCUUGAAAAAAUGGACCUGGAAGAGUGCGUCCAGAUAACAGACAGUACGCUAAUCCAGCUUUCCAUACACUGUCCGCGGCUUCAGGUUCUGAGUUUGUCCCACUGUGAGCUGAUCACGGACGAUGGGAUUCGUCACUUGGGCAACGGCGCCUGCGCGCACGACCGCUUGGAGGUGAUCGAGCUGGACAACUGCCCUUUGAUCACAGACGCCUCCCUGGAGCACCUGAAAAGCUGCCACAGCUUGGAGAGGAUAGAACUGUACGACUGUCAGCAAAUCACGCGGGCAGGGAUCAAGAGACUCAGGACCCAUUUACCCAAUAUUAAAGUCCAUGCCUACUUCGCGCCGGUGACUCCACCUCCGUCGGUCGGGGGCAGCAGACAACGCUUCUGCAGAUGUUGCAUCAUCCUAUGACACUGGAAGUGGUCGUCCUUGCAAACUGAGUAUUUAAUUACACUUGUAGAAUUACGGUGGACACCAGUAUCUUCAAGGAAAGCGAUACCAGUGUCAUUUGCCAGGGCCAGUGAGCAGGGCUGUGGUGCCAGGCCCCCUGUAGCCACCCAUACACACACAUAUACACCCCCCGCCUGUUCCAGCGAACUGACGAACUCGGCCGGACGGGAGCUGAAGCUGGGUUGGCUUUUUCUGUAGGUGGAUCGGUCUCAUUCUGACCCAUCCCUCCUGGGCAUGCUCAGCUGAAAUCCUUGCGGUAAGGAGCGGGGAGGAUUUUGCGACCCCGGAAUGACUGUUGCUGCUGUUGAGGUCGGAAUAGGAACCGCAGCCCUUUGAAGUGGGGAGAGGGGGAGAGGAAAGGAACAUGCUUUAACCCUGCAUCCCUUGUCCAGAAGAGGAAAAAACAAAACAAAAAAAAGCCUGAAAAUCCCAACAAAUUCUGCGUCUGUUUUUCAGUGAGGGGAAUGAAGCAGCAGCUGUUGUGAGACAUGAUUUACUUGUGCUUCUCCGCGUCCCGGUCCCUGCUGACCACCCUGAGCAUGCUCACAGUGGAGGUUCAUCUGCUGCUUCUGUGUUCCGUAGCGUCCAGCUCCGAGGCUUCCUCUGGAGCCUUGUGAUUUAGCUUCAAGGCUCUAAUGUCAGGCUCAGGUUUUGGUUUUUUACCCUCCCUACAUCCUGCCUUUUUUUUUUUCUUUUUUUUUUUUUUUCUUUUACAGAUUUCUAAUUCAGUAAUUUUGGGAGAUUGACCAAACCAAACUUACGAAUCGAUAACUUAAAUUUAAAAAACAAAAAACCAAACCAAAACCUUUUUAUCGUUAGAAGCUUGAGCCUGUAAUGACCUGUUCGGAAGACUUUUUUUUUUUUUUUUUUUUUUUUUAAAGGAAAGCGAGCUGCGCUGCAGGCUGGGCUCCCGUUGGCUUCGUGGCCUGUUUCUAUCCGCAGCUGGGUGUCCGAAUUUGUCUUGCGUUUCAGGUUUUAUCCCGGUGACGAGGAUAUAACUCUUGAUAUAGGGGGAAAAAGUUGUAGUCCCUGUUCCAGUGACUGUAAGUUCGCUGCUCCCCCUGUCCUUUCCCUCCGACCCUUCAUCCCGCCCCCCAGGAAAAGCAAAGUAGAAUCUUUUUGCUGGUUGCCCUGAUGGAGAAAUAACGGCUCGCUAUCGGGAGCGGGAGGAGCGGCGGGUCUGAAACACACCCUCGAUUGUUAUCGCACUGAGGUGCAAGCGCUGGGUGAUUUUUUUUAUUUUUUAUUUUUUUUUCCUUGCUGACUUUUGCCUCUUUGGCAGGUAAGUGUCUUGCCCCGGAGAAGGAACCACCGGAAUGCGGCGGGGGUUUGUUAUGUGCCGGUCCUUCCCGGUUGUGUUCACAGCGGCUGGUUUGGGGGCAUUUCGGGCAGGAUUAGCCCGGGUGCCACAGAGGAGCGCAGACGGCCCAGGCCGGCUCCCAGCUCAGCUCCUGGCUCCGGGCUCAGCUCCCGGCUCCCAGUUCCUUGGUGCUGGCAGUUCCAGAUGCCCGGUUUGAAACCUGUGAAGAGAUGGGCAGACGCCGAGGGUUUAAUGGGGCAGAACUUGCUCAGACUCUUUAACGGGCAUGUGGAAGACGAGCUGGCGUGUAAGCUAACUGCGCUCAUCCUUCUGCCUGCACCCGGGCUGGGAUGGAGCGCGCGUCCUUACGGAUGGCUCCCAACUGCCCGGGACCGGGAGAAGGGCCAGCAGCCGAGAAGCGAUGCUUCCCCUCCCUGCUGGGGCAGCUGGCGGUGGGGGAAGAGCGGGGUGCAGCAGGUGCAACGGCUGGUUUAGGCUCUGGUGGGGGGUUGUUUUAUUCCACUUUGAGGACAGGGUGUUGCUUCCCCCACUCUCCUACCGCCGGCCGAGCUCUCCAGGCAGGCAGACGGGUCGCUUAGUGCCACCGAAGCUCUAUCCACCCUCCCCGUCAUCUACAACUUCAGAUUUCACCAACCCAUCUGUAUAUGCUUAACGAAGUCUCGCGGACGCACAGGCUGCUGGGAGGAAAGCCAGCGCGCUGCGUUUAAAAGGAUACUGUCAAUUCCUGUCCUGUAGAAUGCUCUUUAAUCUGUGAUAUUUAUUCAAAUCCUCUUUAGCGCCGGGGAUUCUCUCUCUCUCCUGGCCGAGCAGGGUCCUGUACUUCGCUUCCAGAGCUCCUUUCUCCCACGUGCACGGUGGCAGAAGACGAUGGCGUGUCCCGGGGACGCAGAGGGGCUCGGGACACACACACACACAACACACACACACACACACACGAGCUGGGGCAGCACCCGCCGCUCGCAGCAUUUGCACAGC